AUGCUUCGAUCAACACUGAAAUUGGUCCCUCCCGCUGGGCUUAAGUUUCUCUGUAUUACCAAUUUCGAGGGGGAGACAAAUGACAGGAAUCGAUUGUUCUGGAAUAAGUUGCAAUAUCCAGUCGAUCCGCGAGAGAUCGACCGCAUGAGUAAGGCCAAAGAAGCUGCCCAGAAAGUCUUGAAACACAAGAGCGAAGACCAGUGGAAUGUCCCAAGACAUUCUAAAACACACUUCCUGAACUUUCCUCGAGACAUCCUAGACAAUAUUUUCAAACACGCUCUAGUCGCACUUCCUGGAGCUGUGAUUUCUCCAAACCUUCUGGCCACUAAUUGGAAGAAGAGAUAUAUCGAGCCAAGUCACAAGAUACAUGUCACUGGGCAAAACUUCGAGCCCUACUACUCUGAUGAUGGCCAUCGAUCAUGGCCAUAUAAUCCCGCAUACUUCGAAAAUUUUCACGUAUCCUUCAAACGCAAAACUCUCCGUGAUAAGAAAGGGAAGUAUGUUGAGCUCCAGAGAAUCCUUCGUCCACAGAUCGAUGCAACACUCCAUCGCACCUGCAAGGUUUUCCACGAAAUCGGCUCUAUAUUGCUGUAUCGUCAUAACAAAUUUCAUUUCUGCAUGGCAAAUGAAUCCACGGAAAAGAGUUCCCCUUCAUGGAUUGGAAAAUGGGCAUAUAGACCGGAGCCAAGCAAACGUGGAAUCGACAAAGAGUCGAUCUCCAAAGCCAUUCAGCAACUCCAAGGCAAAUCCAUCGUCACAUCAAUUCCGGGCUGGUGCAACUACGAUCCAUUCAUUCGUUUCCUCUACCACGCUCGGAUACGUAACUCAACUUUCAUUAAAAAGCUACAAUUCGAAGGAACGAUCAAGGAUCAUGAGUGUAACAGAAAUGCUUGCAGGCUUCAGUGCGACGAUGACUUCAUCACGAGUAUGAAAUGUUACAUACCAUUCAUCAACACGUUCUGUCCCGGACUGCAUGAAUUAACGUUAGAGGUAGACGUUGACCAUUGGGGAGCUGCAUCCACUCCAGCUAGACGACAAGUCGAAUUCAACGAGAUCUUCUCACAAUUGCUCGAGAAUGAAAUUAGAGAACUGAAGACUGUUCGGGUUCUUAGAGUCGUUGCUGCGAAACCGUCGAGGGACCAUUAUCCAAAAGCUGAUGUUAGUAUUGCGAGGGAUACUGUACAAUGGUUCAAAGAAAGAGAGACUGCUCGGGUGCAGGAAUAA